AUGUCUGCCGCCCUCAAGGAUAACAUCAAGAAGGAGAUUGCCGCCGAGCUUGCUGUGGCCAACGCCCAGCAGCUUGUCACCAAGAUGACCGAAAACUGCUUCGACAUGUGUGUCCCCAAGCCCGGAUCUUCUCUUUCCGCCGCCGAAAAGAACUGCACCGCUCAGUGCGCCCAGAAGUACAUCAUGGCCUGGAACCUCGUUUCUCGAGUCUACAUCACCAAGCUGCAGCAGAGCGGCCAGCGAUAA